GUAAAAAAUGUUUCAAUUGUAAUGAGUACGGCCAUAUUUCAUCAAAUUGUGCGGCGUCAUCGUUUCGGAAGCGCUCGGAUAUCGUCGGAGAUCCCGCGCUUAGGCAAGUACAAAGACCAACCACUCAUACAACGAAGAAAGACAUAGCGUCAUCGUUUCGGAAGCGCUCGGAUAUCGUCGGAGAUCCCGCGCUUAGGCAAGUACAAGCAUUGGCCACUCACACGACGAAUAACGCUUGUUAUAAUUUAACGAAAGAGAUGGAAGAUGAACAGGAAUGCAACAUUGGCAUUGUAAAUGACGAAAACGUAAGCGAAAUUUUAAGUAAUAAAUCAUAUCGUGAAAAACCUUUAAAAACUGUAAGUUUGUGCGAUAAAACGACAAGUGCAUUGAUAGAUUCCGGUUGUGACGUGUGCUUAAUAUCUAAUGAUUUUUUCAACGAACUGAGUGCUCCCAUAAAUCAAAAUAUGAACAUUGCUUUAACUGGUAUAGGUUAUGCUAAAGUUUAUUCCCGUGGUGCGACUACCUUGGAUAUAGUAAUAGAUAAUCAUAAAUAUAAAAAUGUUAAUUUUUACAUUGUUCCUAAAGAUUCAAUUCCUUGGAAAGUUAUUCUAGAUGAACGUGUAAAAAAUGAAGUGCAAAAUUUAGUAACCAAUUACCAACCUCAACAAAUCAAAGAAGCGCCUAUUCAAAUGAAAAUUAUAUUAAAAGAUGACAUCCCCAUAAGGUCAAGUCCACGUCGCAUAUCACAAACAGAGCAAGGUGAGGUAGAAAAGCAGAUAAAAGAAUGGUUAGACAGAGGAGUUAUUCAACAAAAGAUGAAAUAGAAGCUUUAAUAAGAUUAAAAGAAGUUUUAAAAGUAGCAUCACAAUAUGGAUUAAUAAUAAACUGGAAGAAAGCCAAUUUGAUAACAAAAAGUAUUACAUUCUUAGGACAUGAGA